CUGUGAGUUAUUUUAGAUAUUUAAAUAAAUCUAUGCUAUACAAACACCAAAUUAAGCUGUUUUCUAGCUAAAGUAGAUAUAUUCUGAGUUCAGAAAGAUACCUUUAAUCAAAAUUAGAUCCAUUUCUUAAUGAACAGUUGCAAAAUAUGCAAUGACAAGUACUAAAGAACAUAAUGAUUAGAUAGACACAUUUAUCAAAAUCAUAUUUGAUCGAAACUAUUUCGAAAUUCAGGAAGUGACAACUGACUGUGCAGUCUUUCUGCAGAAGUUUGCCUCAAGAAUAGCACAACACAAAGGAGUCCUCAAGAAAUAAAGCCAGAAAUAUUAGAGAAAGAGCCAACAUAAAUAGCAUCGAGGAUCAUAGACAUGAAGCAUUAAAAGAAGCACAAGUUUGAGAAACUGAGGGUAAAGAAAGAGAAGAUGAAACCAAACGCAAGGAUCAACAAAUUUUAAACAGUAGCCAUUUUCAGGAAGAUAUAUGUGAGAUCAAUAAUGAAGAAACAAACAUUUUCAGUUUAAAAACACUCUUCACUCAAAGAGCCCAAAUUCUGCAUACUUUUAUCCAAAAGCAAUCAGAAUAUGAAUCCCAAAUUGAACAAAUGAAGGAACAAAUCAAGAAUUUACAAUGCGAACUGAGUUAUGUACGGACUCAAAUAAUUCUUGAGAAGGCUUCAUUAGUUGAGGCUAAGAACAGCAUUAUAGAAGUUUCUGGCCAACGCCAGAAACCUUCAAAAUUGAGAGACCUCAACUUAAAAUGAAGAGAUCUUGUAAAUUUGACCUUAUCGCAAUAGAAUUCUUGAGUAGAGAAGUCAAUUGAAGAAGAUUUGCAAAAAGAUUUAUGCAAAAUUUUAAACUCUACUGCUGAUCAUCAUUCAAUAUUGACUGAGGAGUCUUCAUUGUUUCUAAAUGUACAGCAUGAAAGUGACCAAAGAACCUUAAAGAGGUUGGCUGGGAGAAGGCUUCCUAAGCUAAAGUCUCUGACAAUUGAAGGAUUUGCUACACAUCUACAUCCUGAGAAGAUAGAAGCUUUUAUAACCCAGAGCAUUCCUGACGGACUUGAAUGUUUGUCAUUUAAAGGAAGUCAUGACUUCCUUCCUUUGAUUCUUAAAGUAGCCAAAAGAGUCAAAUAAAGAGAUUUAUUUGAAAGAGAUGACACUCACUCAACAAGAAAUGAUUGAAAUAUUAAGUAUUUAAGGAUUACCUCUAAUUAUAGUCGCUUUCAAGCAUUGCAAGACUGUAUCAUUGUAUUCAUCAAGCGCUAAGAUUCAUUCAGAACUAGAUUUUGGAAGCAAACUGGAUGGCUCAGUCAUAACGUUUCUCGAUCUUUUUGGAAAUGGGUACAAAUCUGGAGAGGAUUGGGGGAAAAACCCAAUAAAAUUCAGACAUAUUCUAACAGGCCUCUACAAAGUUGAAAGUAUCAGACAGAAUCUUAGAAAGAUUAAUGUAGAUUACUGAUGAAUGAAUUAUCUACAAGCAAUAAUGCAUAUACAUGCUGUUGGGUUCACCGAUGUAAUGGUUAUA